CCCGCGGCGGCGGCGCGUCACGCUCUCCCCCGCCCCGAGCCGACGAGCCGGGAGGCGGGAGGCGGCGGCCGCGCGGCUGCUGCUGCUGCUGCUGCUGCAGUGGGGCAGGUGGCGCGACCGGCGGCGACCGAGGCGACGAUUUAACCCAGAGACUGACUUCACCAUAGAAACACCCACAGUUGUAUCAAUGGUUGGGGCAAGAUAGUGGCAACAGGCAAAGGAAAAAUAGCCCCGACAUACUGAGGACAAUGAGUAUGCUAAAACCAAGUGGGCUUAAGGCCCCUACCAAGAUCCUAAAGCCUGGAAGCACAGCCUUGAAGACACCUGCUGCUGUUGUAGCUCCAGUAGAAAAAACAACAUCCAGUGAGAAAGCAUCAAACACGCCAUCCUCUGAGGCACAAGAGGAAUUUGUGGAUGACUUUCGAGUCGGGGAGAGAGUUUGGGUGAAUGGGAAUAAGCCUGGAUUCAUCCAGUUUCUGGGAGAAACCCAGUUUGCACCAGGCCAGUGGGCCGGGAUUGUUUUAGAUGAACCCAUAGGCAAGAAUGAUGGUUCGGUGGCAGGAGUUCGGUAUUUCCAGUGUGAGCCUCUAAAGGGCAUAUUCACGCGCCCUUCGAAGCUGACAAGGAAGGUGCAGGUGGAAGAUGAAGCUAACGGCCUGCAGACAACGCCUGCUUCGAGAGCGACUUCGCCUCUGUCCACCUCCACAGCCAGCAUGAUGACCCCCUCCCUAGCAGCCCCUUCAAAUAUCCCCCAUAAAUCAUCCCAGCCAACAGCAAAGGAACCUUCAGCUACGUCUCAGAUCAGCAACCUUACAAAAACUGCCAGUGAAUCUAUCUCCAACCUCUCAGAGGCCGGUUCCAUCAAGAAAGGAGAAAGAGAGCUCAAAAUUGGAGACAGAGUAUUGGUUGGUGGCACCAAGGCCGGUGUAGUCCGAUUUCUUGGGGAGACAGACUUUGCCAAGGGCGAAUGGUGUGGUGUGGAAUUGGAUGAGCCUCUUGGGAAGAACGAUGGGGCAGUUGCUGGAACCAGGUAUUUUCAGUGCCAACCCAAAUAUGGCUUGUUUGCGCCUGUCCACAAAGUGACCAAGAUUGGCUUCCCUUCCACUACGCCAGCCAAAGCCAAGGCCGCUGCCGUGAGACGAGUGAUGGCGACCACGCCCGCCAGCCUGAAGCGCAGCCCUUCUGCCUCGUCUCUCAGCUCCAUGAGCUCAGUGGCCUCCUCCGUGAGCAGCAAGCCCAGCCGGACAGGAUUAUUGACUGAAACCUCCUCCCGUUACGCCAGGAAGAUCUCCGGCACCACUGCCCUCCAGGAGGCCCUGAAGGAGAAGCAGCAGCACAUUGAGCAGCUGCUGGCUGAACGGGAUCUAGAGAGGGCGGAGGUGGCCAAGGCCACGAGCCACGUGGGGGAGAUAGAGCAGGAGCUAGCUCUGGCCCGGGACGGACGCGACCAGCAUGUCCUGGAAUUGGAGGCCAAGAUGGACCAGCUGCGAACAAUGGUGGAGGCUGCUGACAGGGAGAAGGUGGAGCUUCUCAACCAACUUGAAGAGGAGAAAAGGAAGGUGGAGGACCUUCAGUUCCGGGUUGAGGAAGAAUCCAUCACAAAAGGCGAUCUUGAGCAAAAGAGCCAGAUUUCUGAAGAUCCUGAGAAUACGCAGACCAAACUGGAGCAUGCCCGCAUUAAGGAGCUUGAACAGAGCCUGCUCUUUGAAAAGACCAAAGCUGACAAACUCCAGAGGGAGUUAGAAGACACUAGGGUGGCUACAGUGUCGGAAAAGUCCCGUAUAAUGGAACUAGAAAAAGACCUAGCAUUGAGAGCACAGGAGGUAGCUGAACUGCGGAGGAGGCUAGAGUCCCAUAAACCUGCUGGGGAUGUUGACAUGUCACUCUCCUUUUUGCAAGAGAUAAGCUCUUUGCAAGAAAAAUUAGAAGCCGCCCAUACUGACCACCAGAGAGAAAUCGCUUCUCUGAAGGAGCAGUUUGGAGCCCGCGAAGAAACACAUCAGAAGGAGAUAAAGGCUCUUCAGGCUGCCACAGAGAAGCUUUCCAAAGAGAACGAGUCAUUGAAAAGCAAGCUUGAUCAUGCCAACAAGGAGAACUCCGAUGUGAUAGCCCUGUGGAAGUCCAAGCUGGAGACGGCCAUCGCAUCCCACCAGCAGGCAAUGGAGGAGCUGAAAGUGUCCUUCAGCAAGGGGGUCGGGACGGAGACGGCAGAGUUUGCCGAGUUAAAAACACAGAUAGAGAAGAUGAGACUAGAUUACCAGCACGAAAUAGAAACUCUGCAGAACAAACAAGACUCUGAAAGGUCUGCUCAUGCUAAAGAGAUAGAAGCCCUCAGAGGUAAGCUGAUGGCGGUCAUUACAGAAAAGGAGAGCAGCCUGGAAGCUGUCAAGGCGAAACUGGACAAAGUGGAAGACCAGCAUCUAGUAGAAAUGGAGGACACCUUAAACAAACUGCAGGAAGCUGAAAUAAAGGUAAAGGAGCUAGAGAUACUACAAGCCAAAUGCAGUGAGCAAACCAAGGUUAUUGAUAAUUUUACAUCGCAGCUCAAGGCUACUGAAGAAAAGCUCUUGGAUCUCGAUGCACUUCAGAAAGCCAGUUCCGAAGGUAAAUCGGAAAUCGAGAAACUUAGACAGCAGCUUGAGGCAGCUGAGAAACAGAUUAAAAAUUUAGAGAUUGAAAAGAAUACUGAAAGUGGCAAGGCUAGUAGCAUUACCAGGGAGCUGCAGGGGAAAGAGCUAACACUCAAUAGCCUUCAGGAAAACUUGAGUGAAGUCAGUCAAGUGAAAGAGGCUUUGGAAAAAGAACUUCAGAUUUUGAAAGAAAAGUUUGCUAAUGCUUCGGAGGAGGCGGUCUCUAUUCAGAGAAGCAUGCAAGAAACUGUAAAUAAAUUACACCAGAAGGAGGAACAGUUUAACGCACUGUCUGCUGAAUUGGAGAAGUUGAGAGAAAAUUUAACAGAUAUGGAGGCAAAAUUUAGAGAGAGAGAUGAAAGAGAAGAGCAGUUGAUAAAGGCGAAAGAAAAGUUGGAGAACGACAUUGCAGAAAUAAUGAAGAUGUCUGGAGAUAACUCUUCUCAGCUGACAAAAAUGAAUGACGAGUUACGUCUGAAAGAAAGAAAUGUAGAAGAAUUACAGCUAAAACUUACAAAGGCUAAUGAAAACGCAAGCUUUCUGCAGAAGAGUAUUGGGGAGGUCACUCUCCAGGCAGAACAGAGCCAGCAGGAAGCAGCUAAAAAGCAUGAGGAGGAAAAGAAAGAGCUGCUGAGGAAGUUGUUGGACCUGGAAAAAAAGAUGGAAAUGAGCCACAACCAGUGCCAGGAUCUGAAGGCCAGGUUCGAGGAAGCCAGUUGUGAGACAAAGGCGAAGCAUGAAGCUGUCCUGCAGAGCUUGCAGAAGAUGCUGUCGGACACGGAGCAGAGGCUGAAGGCCGCGCAGGAGGAGAACAGCGACUUGAUGCAGGAGAUGGCGGAACUGAAAAAGCAAGCCGACAAAGCCAAAGCUGCUCAAACGGCAGAAGACGCCAUGCAGAUAAUGGAACAGAUGACCAAAGAGAAGAGUGAAACUCUGGCCUCCUUGGAGGAUACCAAGCAAACAAAUGAAAAACUACAGAAUGAAUUGGAUACACUUAAAGAAAACAACUUGAAAAAUGUGGAAGAGCUGAACAAAUCAAAAGAACUUCUGACGGUAGAGAACCAAAAAAUGGAAGAGUUCAGGAAAGAAAUAGAAACCCUCAAGCAGGCAGCAGCUCAGAAGUCCCAGCAGCUUUCGGCAUUGCAAGAAGAAAACGUGAAACUUGCUGAGGAGCUGGGGAGAAGCAGGGACGAAGUCACGGGUCAUCACAAGCUAGAAGAGGAGAGAUCUGUGCUCAAUAAUCAGUUGUUAGAAAUGAAAAAGAGAGAAUCCAAGUUAAUAAAAGACGCAGAUGAAGAAAAAGCUUCCUUGCAGAAAUCCAUCAGUAUUACUAGUGCCUUACUCACCGAAAAGGAUGCAGAGCUGGAAAAGCUGAGAAAUGAGGUCACAGUGCUCAGGGGAGAGAGCGCCUCCGCCAAGUCUUUGCAUUCCGUCGUUCAGUCUCUGGAGUCGGAUAAGGCGAAGCUUGAACUCCAGGUAAAGAACCUGGAGCUUCAACUCAAAGAAAACAGGAGGCAGCUCGGCAGCUCCUCAGGUAAUACUGAUACUCAGGCAGAAGAGGAUGAAAGAGCCCAAGAGAGUCAGCAAAUGAUUGAUUUCCUGAAUUCAGUAAUAGUGGACCUUCAGAGGAAGAAUCAAGACCUCAAGAUGAAGGUGGAGAUGAUGUCAGAAGCAGCCCUUAAUGGGACUGGGGAUGACCUAAACAGUUACGACAGUGACGACCAGGAGAAACAGUCCAAGAAGAAACCUCGCCUCUUCUGUGACAUAUGUGACUGCUUUGACCUCCACGACACCGAGGACUGCCCCACCCAGGCGCAGGCGUCAGAGGACCCCCCCCACUCCACACACCAUGGCAGUCGGAGCGAGGAGCGUCCGUACUGUGAAAUCUGUGAGGUGUUCGGGCACUGGGCCACCCACUGCAAUGAUGAUGAGACGUUCUGAUGGGACCCCCAGCCCUGCGCCGGGCUUCUCAGACGCACUAACAUGUAGGCGAUGGAACACCAGCAUCGUGUGUGCAGACUUCCGGAGAACUCACGUUAUUUUUGACCCCCAUCAACAAAUCUAAGAAAAUAUUUUGAGCUUCAUUAAAUCACCCUUUUAGUGUCCCCUUAGAAUUUAAAAUAAUAAAUACUUAGUAGGUGAGUUUUCACCUCUGAUUUUGUCUUGAUUUUUUAAAAGUUCUAACAAGACAUUGCACCAGAUGCCAUUACAUUUACUGUCCUGAGGGAACCCUCCUAGAACAAUCCCUACCCUCACAAUACCUUAUUUAAGUAACUUUAAAUUAUGCUAUUACUUUUCAUAUUUGCACUAAAAUUUUUCCAGGCUGUGUUUGUAUAUUUAGAUAUUUGGGUUAAGCUUUGACACUGGAAUGAGUUGGAAAAAUGUGCCAUUUUGCAUUUUCAUCUACUCAUUUAAAGUAUUUUAUUCUUAAAGAAGUAUCUGAGCUCUUUGCACUACCUGAUGUCAGUAGUGCCUUUAUUUCAGGCUUGAUAAUACUUGGGUGUGAUUAUAAUCAUGAAACAGGUAAGGGGGGGGGAAGCCCCAAACUGCUGUGGGGACAUUUUAUAAUCUAUAUGCUGCACCUACUCACUCUACUGUGGUGUUUUGUUCAUUGGUUUUGCAUAAUUUCAGCUUCUAUAUAUUAUAUGUAUAUAUUUUUUAAAAAUCUAUAUUUUGGGAAAAAAUUUCUUUUCAGAUUUUUACCUUUAUGAAAAAGAAAACACAUCAAGACAUGAUGGACUAGGCCAGAAUAUAACAUCACGUGGCUUUGCAACUAUUUUUUCUGUUUUCAUUUUGUUUUCUUUAGCAGAUAAAAAUAACUGGGAGAAUUUUCUCCAGAUUUAUUUCUUCAGCAGAUAUCCCCAGCAGUCAAUUAACUAGAUAAUAAGCCACUAUAAAACACCUAAAUUAACCAAUCUACAACCUUUACAAGUUUUUUUACUGUUUUUAGAUGAAUGUACGAUGAGAAAUUCAACAUUAAUAAUUUUGGAUUUUCUUAUCACAAAAAAUAAAAUGAAGGACCUCAACCAUCAGAAGUUUAUCAACAAGUUUGAGUCUAUUUAUCUUCAUUUGAAUGUCUUCUAGAAUAUGUAAAAAGUAAUAAAUGUAUCUUCCAUGCUACAUGUAUAAUAAGAACUUCUAUAAUUGUAUAUAUGCCUUUGAUGUAUUUUUCCCCUCAAGAUUAUCAAAUGUGUGUCUGACGAGUGAAAAAUCUGUAAUGAGUUGAAAUUUUUAGUUAUAAACAUAUUAAAAUAGGAAGUGUUUCACAAACAGAAUGUAAAGCAGUAUUAAAAUUUGAGCAAACAAGUGUUCUGUAUCUACUUUAAUAAAUGGUUCUUUUUUGCCAGUGGUAGUAAACUGAUGAUAUUCUCAGG